CAGGCUAGCCUAGAGAUCUAAAAAUUCAUAACGAAAACUUGCGAGAGAUCUUAAAGCUAACGGAAUCGACAGAAAAAGAAAGACAAUUUCCCUGAUUCGGCGGCGCAGCGCUUCGUGUGAAACGGCGAAAAAAUGCAUGUGGAGGGCCCUACUUAAAUUAAACACACCAUUACUAAAUCCAUUCCCUGAAAUAACUCAGACAACUGCACAUUUCGUGGUGCCAAAGAUCUACAGAAGCGAAGGGAAAUUCGCCUACAAUGAAGGCCCUUUAUGUAUACAUACUUCUGGGCGUUGUAGCCCUGGUACUCAUUUGGAAUGGAGGAAACGAUUCCAGCAAUGGUGGCAGCAGGGCAUUACACCGCAGGGUAGGCCCUGGAAGGCGGCUUAAGCUCAGGUCCUCUUUUUCUUACACUAAACAUGAGCCUGUGGCCUUCGAUCCCCUGGUGGCCGAAAUGGAACGCCGCAGAGAGGACCGCGAGUGGGAGCGCCAUUAUAUUGAGCAGGACAAAUAUAAUCAUAAUGAGAAUCAUCAGCAUCAUGAUACUGCUCCUGCCGCUGAAUCUCAGCCCGAAUGGGAGGACUUUGCGAAUGCGGAGGAUUAUCUCAACGAUGAGGAUCGAUUCAAUGUGUCGCACAGACUGACCAUGCUUUUCCCCAAUGUGGAUGUGGCUCCUGCCGAUGGUUUGUUGAGCAACCAGGAGCUUAAGGACUGGCACCUGCGCCAGGCAUUGAAUGAGGUUAUGCACCGCACUGAUCGAGACAUUGAGUUGUAUGAUAAGAACCAUGAUGGCUUCAUUUCAUUAGGGGAAUAUGAACCUCCGUCUUGGGUUAGGGAUUCAGUGAACACUAGUGCUUAUGGUAUUGAGAAUGGAUGGUGGAUGGCGGACCAUUUCAAUGCUUCUGAUGAGGAUGGGGAUGGCCUUUUAAAUCGGACAGAGUUUAACAACUUCCUACACCCAGCAGACAGCAACAAUCCAAAGUUGAUUGAAUGGCUAUGCAAAGAGGAAGUAAGGGAGCGUGAUAGUGAUAAAGAUGGGAGGCUCAAUUUCAAAGAAUUCUAUCAUGGGUUAUAUGAUCUUAUAAGAAAUUAUGAUGAAGACAUUUCUAAUGAGACUCAUGUUCAUGGCCAUGAACCCAUAAGAGAAGCAGCAGCAAAGAAAUUAUUUUUAGAGCUUGACAGAGACAGUGAUGGGUUUUUGACGUACAUGGAGUUGCAGCCUAUGAUCAAUAGACUACAUCCAGGAGAAGAAUACUAUGCAAAGCAGCAAGCAGAUUACAUGAUAAUGCAGGCUGAUGCAGAUAAAGAUGGGCAUUUGAGUUUGAAAGAGAUGUUAGAUCACCCAUAUGUUUUCUACAGUGCCAUCUUUAGUGAUGAAGAAGAUGAAGAUUAUUAUCAUGAAGAAUUCCGUUAAUAUAGUAAUUAUGGAUAGCUUUUCCAUUGAAGCCUGAAGGGACUUGUAUUUUGGAUCAAAACUCCAAUUACUCCAGUUUCUUCUCAGAUUUUGUUUCAGAAUCAUUCAACAUCUUUUGUAUUCUAUAAUUUGAUUUGAAAUAUUUGUUUAGAAAAAGCUAGAUUUCUCAAUUGAUUUAUCGCGGCAUUGUUGUGGCCUAUUGAGUAUUCGGCUUUGCUUAUCAGAGUCUUUAAAGCUUGUCGUAGAAGUGUCACUAACAGUGCCUGCUGAAAGGCAUGGUUUUGCUAACUAAACGUUAUACAAUGUGUUAUUGAGCCCUUAUAUAUGUUCCAUCUGGAAUACUCAGAGAAUCAGCUGGAUGAAAAUGAAGAUAUUUUAUUUUA